AUGUCUAGUCUGAGACAAGUACACAAAGCCCUUCUUCUUCAUCUUGUUUGUGGCGGGAAGUAUCCAUUACUGAGCUUCCGUAAGGCCAGUAUAAACCCUAAUUUCUCUGCACUGAGAAGUAUUAUUUAACAACAAGACCUUCCGUUUAUAUUCACAACAUAUAUACUUUCACACGCACCAAUGUACUGGGCCACCGCCAAAUCCGUCGUCGUUUCAGCCCCUCGUUUGCGCUCUCUUGCUCUUCUACUUCGUCCCCCUCUUCACAGUCGCCCUUUCGCCUCCUCUCCCUAUAACAUCGAGCAGUGCAAUCAGAUUCGUUCCUUGAAAGAGAAGAAGCGCUUGAGGGGAAAUAUUAAAGCUCUAAGAAACCACAAAGAAUUAGAAGGUUCCCUAGAUGAGAAAGAUUAUUCUAACAUUUUGUGGUGGAAGGAGAGGAUGCAGAUGUGCAGGAAGUCUUCUACUGUUCAACUGAUCAGUAGGCUUACAUAUUCCAACUUGUUGGGUUUAGAUGUCAACCUGAGGAAUGGAAGUCUUAAAGAAGGAUCAAUCAACUGGGAAAUGUUGCAAUUCAAGUCUAGAUUUCCACGUGAAAUUUUGCUAUGCAGGGUGGGUGACUUUUAUGAAGCCAUUGGCAUUGAUGCUUGUGUUCUUGUGGAAUAUGCGGGUUUAAAUCCAUUUGGUGGUUUGCGUUCAGAUAGUAUCCCAAAAGCUGGCUGCCCUGUCAUGAAUCUGCGUCAGACAUUGGAUGACCUGACCCGGAAUGGUUAUUCAGUUUGCAUAGUAGAAGAAGUGCAGGGUCCGACUCAAGCUCGUGCUAGAAAAAGGCGUUUUAUAUCUGGCCAUGCACAUCCUGGUAAUCCAUAUGUUUUCGGACUUGUUGAAGAUGAUCGUGAUCUUGAUUUCCCAGAACCAAUGCCAGUAGUUGGAGUGUCCCGCUCUGCAAAGGGGUAUUGCCUAAUCUCAGUACUAGAGACCAUGAAGACAUACUCUGCGGAGGAUGGUCUAACUGAAGAAGCUGUAGUUACCAAACUUCGGACUUGUCAGUAUCAUCAUUUGUUUCUGCACAGAUCGCUGAAACACAAUUCUUCAGGUACUAGUCGGUGGGGAGAAUUUGGAGAAGGUGGGUUAUUGUGGGGAGAAUGUAAUGCGAGAAGUUUUGAAUGGUUUGAAGGCGACCCAGUGAAUGAACUGAUCAUUAAGGUAAAGGAGCUCUAUGGUCUUGACAUUGAAGUCACGUUCAGAAACGUUACUGUUGCUUCAGUAAAUCGGCCUCGUUCACUACACUUAGGAACAGCCACACAAAUUGGUGCUAUAUCAACAGAAGGCAUACCAAGUUUAAUAAAGGUUCUACUCCCAUCAGAUUGCAUCGGUCUACCAGUUUCGUAUAUUAAGGAUCUUCUUUUGAAUCCCCCUUCUUAUGAAAUCGCAUCAACAAUUCAAGCAAUCUGCAAACAUAUGAGCAGUAUACCAUGUUCAAUACCCGAGUUUACUUGUGUUUCACCUGCAAAGCUAGUAAAACUACUUGAGUCGAAGGAGGCUAAUCAUAUUGAGUUUUGCAAGAUAAAGAAUGUGCUUGAUGAAGUUAUUCAGAUGCACGGGAACUCUGAACUCCAUGAAAUUCUAAAAUUAUUGAUCGAUCCUACUUGGGCAGCAACUGGAUUGAAUAUCGACUUUGAGAAACUAGUGAAAGAAUCCGAAAUGGUGUCUGGUAGAAUCGGUGAAAUUAUUUCGUUAGACGGCGAUAAUGAUCAAGAAAUAUGCUCCUAUUCAGCCAUCCCAGAUGACUUUUUUGAGAUGUUGGAGUCAUCGUGGAAAGGUCGUGUGAAGAGAAUCCACCUAAACGAAGCUUUCACAGAAGUGGAAAAGGCAGCCGAGGCUUUGUCAUUAGCUGUCACAGAAGAUUUUGUACCUAUAUUAUCAAGAAUAAAAGCGUCGACAGCACCACUUGGAGGACCAAGAGGGGAAAUAUUAUAUGCUCGAGAGCAUGGAGCGGUUUGGUUCAAGGGUAAACGAUUUGCGCCAUCUGUUUGGGCUGGUACACCUGGAGAAGAACAAAUAAAGCAGCUCAGGCCAGCUGUAGAUUCAAAAGGCAAAAAAGUUGGAGAGGAGUGGUUUACCACAACGAAGGUGGAAGUUGCAUUAGCAAGGUACCAUGAAGCAGGUUCUAAAGCAAAAGAAAAGGUCUUGGAAUUGUUGAGAGGACUUUCUGCUGAACUACAAGCUAAAAUUAAUGUUCUUGUCUUCGCCUCAGUGUUGCUUGUCAUUGCAAAGGCCUUAUUUGCUCAUGUGAGUGAAGGGAGAAGAAGGAAAUGGGUUUUUCCUGUCUUAUCUCAGUUUGACAAAGGUGGCAGUAUGAAGCUAGUUGGUCUAUCACCAUAUUGGUUUGAUGCUGCAGAAGGCAAUGCUGUACUGAAUACCGUUGAUAUGCAAUCACUUUUUAUCUUGACUGGACCAAAUGGUGGUGGUAAAUCCAGCCUGCUUCGUUCAAUUUGUGCAGCUUCCUUACUAGGAAUAUGUGGAUUUAUGGUUCCGGCUGAGUCGGCCUCGAUUCCACAUUUUGACUCCAUCAUGCUGCAUCUGAAAUCCUAUGAUAGUCCUGCUGAUGGGAAAAGUUCAUUUCAGAUUGAAAUGUCGGAGGUUCGUUCUAUCAUAAGUGGAGCGACUUCAAGGAGCCUUGUACUUGUAGAUGAAAUAUGUCGUGGAACAGAGACAGCAAAAGGAACUUGUAUUGCUGGUAGCAUAAUUGAAACUCUGGAUUUCAUUGGCUGUCUGGGCAUUGUGUCUACUCAUUUACAUGGUAUUUUUGAUUUACCAUUGACUACAAAAAAGACGGUACAUAAAGCAAUGGAAACUGAAUAUAUUGAUGGUCAGCCAAGACCGACAUGGAGAUUGACAGAUGGGAUUUGCAGAGAAAGCCUAGCUUUUCAGACAGCUCAAAGGGAAGGUGUUCAGGAAACAAUAAUUAAGAGGGCUGAGGAGUUGUAUUCUUCAGUUUAUGCAAAUUAUUCUUGCCUGCAGCAUGAAACAACUGUUGAAUUGUCUACUAGUGAUAAAAACAGGAUAUUUCAUAAGGCUUACGAACAGAGUGCCGGGGAAAAAUCUGCAUGUUCCGUUAUGGCAUCCACAAACCAAAUGGAUGUGCUAUGGAAGGAGGUAGAGAGCGCUGUGACGAAAAUAUGUCAGAAACAACUGCUUGAUUUUUACAAGAAGAAAAAUAUUUCAGAACUUUCAGCUGUAAAAUGUGUUCUAAUUGCUGCUAGGGAACAGCCACCCCCGUUAACAGUUGGUGCCUCAAGUGUGUAUGUGUUGCUUAGACCUGACAAACGACUUUAUGUUGGAGAGACUGAUGAUCUUAGGAGCAGGGUUCGUGCCCAUCGUUCGAAGGAAGGAUUGCAGAAUGCUUCAUUCCUAUAUCUCUUAGUCCCUGGAAAGAGCAUAGCUUGCCAGCUAGAAACUCUUCUCAUCAACCAGCUCCCUAGUAAGGGGUUUCAACUAACCAAUUUAGCUGACGGCAGGCAUAGAAAUUUUGGUACUUCUGACAUCUCCUUGGAAAAUGUUACAUUGCAUAGAUGAUGCCAUUAUGACAAAUUGUGGUUCAUGUAAAGAUGCCAAACAUUUUGUAAACUUUAGCCUUGAUGUAUAAUCUAGUAAUUUAAGUCAAUUAGUGAACAUUCUAAUUCCUUUUACAGUUGUGGCAGAAAUUUUGGGUUAGAUGUCUGGCACUUCUGUUAAAGGUCUCGCCCCAUGCAACUAGAAAAUGUAUUUUCUUUUAUUGACCCGUACCCUUUGCGUUUGCCGUCUAUGAGUAAUGUUACUUUUCCUUG